AUGGGGGAGACAGAACAAGCUUCAUUGGAGAUUAUUUUACCCCCAAGUCUGAGGCAGACACAGCUGGAGGAAAUGGCCGAAGCAACAGGCAGCCAGGCUGCUAAAAGUGAAACUCUACCAAACAGAGGGAACUGGAAGGGAAGAUUUGACUUCUUACUUUCCUGUGUUGGAUAUGCCAUUGGACUUGGGAAUGUCUGGCGUUUCCCUUACCUCUGUGGCAAAAAUGGCGGAGGUGCAUUUCUGAUCCCAUACUUUCUGACAUUGAUAUUUGCUGGCAUCCCUUUGUUCCUCUUGGAAACAGCUCUCGGUCAGUACACAUCCAUUGGAGGCCUUGGUGUGUGGAAACUAGCUCCUAUGUUUAAAGGAGUUGGACUGGCUGCUGUCAUCUUGUCGUUUUGGCUCAACACUUACUACAUCGUGAUCAUAGCUUGGGCUAUCUAUUAUCUCUUCAGCUCUUUCAAGUCGGAGCUUCCUUGGCAAAGCUGUGACAAUGAAUGGAACACAAAAAUGUGUUUUUCUAACUACUCUAUGCUUGAUACCAGUAACAUGACCAGUGCAGUGACAGAAUUCUGGGAACGGAACGUGCACCAAAUUACCAGUGGUUUGGAUGAGCCAGGGAGCAUACGGUGGCCUCUGGCUGGAACACUAGCGCUCUCUUGGUUGUUGGUCUAUUUCUCAAUCUGGAAAGGAGUGGAAUGGACAGGAAAGGUCGUCUAUUUUUCUGCUACUUAUCCCUAUUUCAUGUUGAUCAUUUUAUUCUUCCGUGGAGUGACACUCCCAGGAGCAAAAGAAGGAAUUUUGUUUUACAUUACACCCAAUUUCAACAAGCUUUCAAACUCUCAAGUUUGGCUUGAUGCAGCUACACAGAUCUUUUUCUCUUAUGGACUGGGUCUGGGAUCACUUAUUGCUUUGGGCAGUUACAAUAUGUUUCACAACAAUGUUUACAGGGAUUGCCUCAUCGUGUGCAGUAUAAACUCCUGCACGAGUAUAUUUGCUGGAUUAGUGAUUUUCUCAGUUAUAGGAUUCAUGUCUCACAUCACAAAGAAACCAAUAAAUGAGCUGGCUUCAUCAGGUCCUGGGCUGGCAUUUCUUGCCUACCCACAGGCUGUGACACAACUACGUCCACCAGCACUGUGGUCCAUUCUCUUUUUCUCCAUGUUACUGAUGCUUGGCCUUGAUUCACAGUUCUGCACAGUGGAAGGCUUCAUCACUGCACUGAUGGACGAAUACCCUCAUAGACUGAGAACCCACAAAAAGCUGUUCAUUGCAGUGAUGUGCAUCAUUUCAUACCUCAUUGGAUUAUGUAACAUUACUCAGGGUGGCCUCUACGUGUUCAAGUUGUUUGACUAUUAUUCUGCCAGUGGCAUGACUCUCCUCUUUCUGGUAUUCUUUGAGACUAUCUCAAUAUCGUGGUUUUAUGGAGUUAAUAAGUUCUAUAGAAACAUUGAAGAAAUGAUUGGAUACAGGCCAUGCAUAUGGUGGAAACUUUGUUGGGUAUAUUUUACCCCUAUUGUAGUUCUGGGAGUAUUUCUCUUCAGUGCUGUUGAAAUGACACCACUCACACUUGGGAAUUAUGUCUACCCCAAGUGGGGCCAGGGGAUUGGCUGGUUCAUGGCACUGUCCUCCAUGGUAUUUAUCCCAGGAUACACUGCCUACAUGUUUUUCACCACAAAAGGAACCUUCACACAGCGUUUGCAAAUGAUGACACAGCCCAGGCAAGGGAUCAUAAUUCACAAUAAUGGGCUAAAAUCCAACCCGUCUCCAAACAGUGGCUACGCUGAUGCUACCGUUUAGUUCUCUAUCUUUAUAAAGGCAAAGGCUUUUUG